AUGAGGUCUCUCACAUGCUAUCUAUUUGCUUAUGUUGAUUGUGCCAUUAGUUGGAAAGCAACACUUCAAGCCACGGUGGCCUUAUCAACUAUUGAAGCAGAAUACAUGGCAAUCACUGAAGCUAUGAAGGAAGCAAUUUGGUUAAGAGGUAAAAAAAAAGAUAAUGUUUGGUAUUUUUGUUUCCGUGAUAAGGAAAGAGAGAUGAAGAAAAAGAAGAAAAAGGGGAAGAAAAAUGCUGCAACUAUGGUUUUGCAGUUGGCGUUACAUGAUGAUAGUAUCUGGGUUGCAACAACUGAUUCUUCAUUUCAAGAUGGCCUGCUGAAGGAAGAAAUCCUCAGAAGGUCUUUCAAAGAGGCUACUGUUUAUAAAGAACCAAUCUUUUCCAUUCCUGGAACUCCAGCAGUAGUUCAGCAUGAAAUUUUAAAUAACAGAAGGCAUGUAUUAACUAAGGAUGCUGCUGGUUUGGUAAAGCUCUGGGAGAUAACCAGGGGUGUUGUGGUCGAGGACUAUGGACAGGUUUCAUUUAACGAGAAAAAGCAGCAGUUAUUUGAGAUGGAGGAACUGAGGUAUCAACUAUUUGCAGUUGCGAAACAUUCCGGAUUCAGACCUACUUCUGGACACUAUGUUUGCUACAUUCGAUCCUCUCCUAAUAUGUGGCAUAAGAUGAAUGAUUCAAGGGUUACUUGUGUUGAAGAAGAAGCUGUGCUGUCCCAGGAAGCCUACAUUUUGCUCUAUGCUAAACAGGCUAUCCCUUGGUUUUCAACUGCAAUAGAAGUGCAAAAGCCUUGUGCAGACCCUAGAAUUUCUGAUUCUUCACCAAAUUCCUAGAUGACUUAGACUUUGCCUCCAAUCUUGAGGUGGAAAAGAGUGUCAAUUGCAUCGCCAAUGAAACUAAAGAUGUUGCUGAUAGAGCUUCAACUCAAUUCUCUUGCGAUGUGUAUAGUCAUAGGCAGGUUCAACUAGUCAGUCUGUUUCUCAUAUGUAUUAUUUAUUUUAGUUUUGAUUCUAAAUUUUUAUUUUUACUUUAAUAUUUACAACAACUUGAAUUCUAACUUUUGGAUUUUAAUUGUGUUAUUAAUUUAUUA